AUGCCAGCAACACUGCACAUAGAUUUACCGAGAUCCCACAAUGUCAUUACGCACAGCCCAGACGAGCCAGAGAAGGAGCUGGCUGGGAUAGCGACGCUCAACCUCCCGACCAAGAGAUUCAUCAAGUCGAUAGACGUCGAUCUCAAGUGCGUCGAGGAAGUGCACCUGAGCAGAGGCAAGGAGAAGCACGAGUUGCUAUCGGAGAGGUUCAAUAUCUGCGGAGAAGAGACGCUCGACGCCGGCGUGCACGAGCUCGACUUCUUCUUCUACAUUCCAAAUACAUUCGUCUAUGAGAGGCACUCGCACGGCACUUGCUUCCAAUAUCUUAAAGCGACGGUGAUAUUCAAUGAAUGGAUAGCGCUCCCGCUCUCUCGCAAACUCGACCUCCUUUUCGCUGCUCAUCCGAUCGGCUGGGGAUAUAUUCCCUUCGGUGAAAGCGUGCAGUCAUCGAUAGAAGGCCUGGGGCCUGUGGAGGUGGCUUUCAAUACAAGGCAUCUUACUGUGAGUUGCGUCAUCGAAAUGGAGAUGCACCUCCCACAAGCUGUAGCCGAUUUGAGGGUGCAUGGUAUACGGCUAAGCGUAGAGCAGGCUACGAUGCUCUUUUCUCGCAAUGAUCAGCAUUACAAGGAGACGCUGCCUCCAAAAACAGUCGCUAUACUCAAUCAAGGCACUAACACACUCAAUUCGAACAUCUUGCCAGACCGUCUGAGCCAAACUUAUCCAAUUAAGGCGAGAUACCUGGCUAGGUUGCCAGACGACACAGUAAUAAGAGGCAGUCAUUGCGAUUAUACAGACUGCGCAAUCAGAUCGACGCAUAAGCUCGUUCUUGAAAUUUGGCACAGCACUCAUUCCAAUCCGUUAGUAUACAGGGCAAGGAUAGCACUCCCGGUCAGAAUACCGCACUGUUUGCUAUCGUUUGACUCAGUUCUGUUACCACGUUAUGAAGAUCAUGUCAAAAUGGAGCGCCUCUGCGAGAAUGAUGAGAGAAAGUAUGCUGGUAUAGGCAAGGAGAGACAGGAGAGCUGCAAUUGCACCAAGAGCUACGAGGAGGCAAAGGCCGUUGCGAUGUCAAUUCACGAUAUAGUGUCGCCGAUUGGGAAGAGUAGGAGUGGAAGAGUAGAAAAAGAGGGUUUCUAUGUGUCUCCGAAUGAUUUCGAAUUAAGCAAGCGCAAUGAUCCGCCAAAGUAUCUUUACGAUUAG